AUGGAAUCAUUAAAAACUCACCAUCCGAUGUAGGCUAAAGAGCAAAAAGAAAUUCAUCAGAGGUUUAUUAGAAAAUUAAUUGAUUGGUUUUCCCAUCUAUAACAAUAACGCCUCCUUUACCAGCUGAAGCAAAUACCAAGUUUGCUUUUUUUGCAACUUUUAUUUAUGUAGAAGAAGCUUAAUUCUGUAAAAUGUCAAUUUUUUCCAAGUAAAAUGGUGAGUAAAUAAAAUCUAUUUAUUAAUUAUCAUAUGAUAAUUAGCAUUAUAUCAACAAAAAAUGACUAAAAAGGAGAAAAAUAUAAUUUUUUCCUAAUAAAAUAUUUACUAUAAUUUGUAAUAUAUUUCUCAUAAUAAGUUCUGAAUUAUGUUUUUUUAUAUUUAUUUAUUUUUUGUUUGUUUGUUUGA